AGCCGCUCCAAGAUGGCGACUCCCAUGCAUCGGCUCAUAGCUCGAAGGAAAGCUGAAGCCAAUAAGCAACAUGUAAGAUGUCAGAAAUGCUUGGAAUUUGGACAUUGGACUUAUGAAUGCAAAGGGAAAAGAAAGUACCUACACAGACCUUCGAGAACGGCAGAGCUGAAGAAAGCUUUAAAAGAAAAAGAAAAUAGAUUAUUGCUGCAAAGCAUAGGAGAGACCAACAUAGAGAAAAAGAUCAAGAAGAAGAAGAGGUCUAAGAGUGUCACGAGUUCCAGUACCUCUAGCAGUGACAGUUCGGCCAGUGAGUCUUCAUCAGAGAGUGAGACAUCCGCCUCAUCCUCUUCAGAAGACAGUGACUCAGAUGAAAGCCUCUCUAGCUCCUCCUCCUCCUCCUCUUCCUCGGCCUGUUCGUCUUCCUCUUCCUCCUCUUCCUCCUCCUCCUCCUCGGACUCGGACUCCAGCUCGUCCAGCAGCAGCAGCAGCAGCAGUUCUGAGAGCAGCUCUGAUGAUGAGCCACAGAAGAAGAAAAAGAAGAAGAAAUAGAGCUCUGUACACCGGGACGGUGGACCCAAAGCACCUGUGACUCCCAGGGGAACUGAAAACCUGCUCAAGCAAGCAAGCCAGACGGCCAGAAGUGUUAAAUAAAAUCCAGAACUUUCCAAGUAUUUACUAUUGUAUAGAAUAUUUAAAAAAAAAAGAUGUUACAUAUAUAAAGAUGUUUAUUUUAGGAAUGAAUAUGGGUUUUUGCUGUUGCUUUUCUUUUUGUAAAGACUGGGUCUCAUUUUGUAGGUCUAGCUGGCCUUGAAUUUGAUAUGUAGAGGAGACUGGCCUUGAUUUCAGAGAGAUCUUCUAAUGUUGGGACUAAAGAUAUGUGCCACCAUGCUCAGCUUUUGUUUUUAACUUUUUUUUUUAAAUAUUUGAAGUCUAUCUGUAGUACAUAAUCAAAAUUGAAAACCAGGAAAUCUAUUUCAUUGACAGGCAAAAGUCAUUUUUUUCCUGCCUUUGAAAUGAAUGCUUUAUGUGGGUAUAUGUUACAGUGUGUAUGGGACAGUCUUUGACUGUACUGUAUCAGAAUAUCAAGAAGUUUCUUGUUCUCUUUUGCCUGUGUUUAUUAUGUGAGAUUUAAUGCAUUGUUAUUAUAAAUGGUUUUCCUACUGUUAAUAAAUGUGCUCUAUUUUUAUGUUUGUAUCAGAAAAUUCUGAUUUUUCUAUUCUGAAUCUAUAAAAUCAAAGAACCCCAUACAGAACAUUG